CUAUUUGCAGCUAACUAGACUUAUUAAACAUUAAUAAAUCAACAAUCUUACAUUUAAACCUAAUAAAUCAUCAAUGCCUACCGCACCGUGAAACCACCGCCACUCAUAAUGCAUGAGAGAGGAGAGGAUAUUAUCGGAGAACUCCAUGAGAGGGGGAGGCGGAGAGAAUAAUAGAGAAUGCUGAGGCCAAAACCUAGCAAGAUCGAAGUGAAGGCGGAGGAUCGGGAAGAGCUCGAAGAAGCCCUCCGCCAAGGUUCCCUCAAACACCCCCGGGGCGGCCAAAACCCUAACCCUAAUCCUGAUCCCCUCCACAAGUACCUCGAUCCCAACCCCACCUCCAAAGCCCAGCGCAUCGGCCUCCAAAAGCCCUGAAACCCUAGUCAAGAAGAUGGAGGUCGAGGUCAAGCUCCGCCUCCCUGACGCCGCCGCCCACCAGCGGCUCUCCGACGCCCUCGCCCCCUACCACAUCCGCACCCACCUCCAGGAGAACCUCUUCUUCGACGGCGCCGCAGGCCAGCUCUCCUCCCGCCUCGCCGUCCUCCGCAUCCGCUUCUACGACGGCGACUCCCGCUGCGUCCUCUCCCUCAAGGCCCGCGCCCGUGUCGCCGGCGGCGUCAGCCGCGUCGAGGAGGACGAGGAGGAGAUCGAUCCCUCUCUCGGUCGCGUGUGCGCGGCGGAGCCCUGGCGCCUCGCGGUCUUGGCCGGCUCGUCCCGGAUCAUGGGAAGGAUCAAAGACGAGUUCGGGUUGGGAGGCGAAACGGUAGUAGAAUCGGAGGAAAGGAGCCCUUUUGUCUGCUUGGGGGGGUUCCGGAACGUCAGGGCGGUGUAUGGGUGGAAGGAAGGGCUCAAGCUGGAGCUCGACGAGACCCAGUACGACUUCGGCACGAGCUACGAGGUGGAGUGCGAGACCGCCGACCCGGAGAGGGCCAAGGCGUUGCUGGAGGACUUCUUGAAGGAGAAUGGGAUCCCUUACUCCUACUCGGAGGCAUCCAAGUUUGCAGUUUUCCGGGCAGGGAAACUUUUACCAUAGGUGUGUCUUUAUCCCCUUCAAAAAAAAAAUUGCUUCAGGUGAAUCAGAUUGGAUGUGUUAGCACGGGUGUCAGAUGUUUUCCAGUACUUAAGGUCAGAUUCUUCUUACAACCAUUUCCCAGGUCUUGUACCAACAACCAUGUUAAAGCGUCAGGUGCAUACAUCUGAGGCCAAAUCAGAGGAAAUCCCCCUGCCACCAGCAUAUUUUCUCGUCAUUGUUGCCCGACAAACCGGCAUGACAACACUACUCAAAGUACUUUGAUAUGAUUGCCUCAUUUACCUGAGAAUCAUCAGGCAGUGCCAAUCUUAAUUUCUUGUGUAAAUAACCAUAUGAUCAUCUCUUCUGUAUUUAGAAAGUCAACCCCCGCAUAAUGCUGCUUAUAUUGAGCAUUUUAUCAUUUUUUUAAUUUAUCAGAACCUUGAGCAC